AUGUCAGGUGGUAGUGCAAAUGAUGGAGAACUUUUACAAGAUCCUACAUUAACAUUUAAAGUAUCACCUGCUGUUAGUUGGACAUACCCACCUGAAAUAUCAUCAUCAAAUCCAGGUGUUGUUUUUUAUUUUGCUGGGCAAAGUUUAUCGCAAAAUCAAGCUUUACAAAGUGCUGAAUCAGAUAUAAAUGCAGCAAUAUUAUUUGCCUUUGAUGAUGAAAAUAUUCCUGUGACAGGAGCAACAGCAACAAUAACCUACUCACCGGAUCCUAUUGCAAAUUGUGUUCCAAAUACUCCUAUACCAUCAGGUACUAAUGUAGGAUUAUUAGCUGCUGGGGCUAUUAUUGAAUGGGCUGUAGUGACUGGAAAUAGUGGUUCUACGGUAACAUUAACAAAUUGCCCUUUAAGCCCAAAUUCUAUAAGUACUUCUCAAGUAUUAAAUACACAAGAUUACAUUAAAGAAAUUGAUAUUAAUAUAAAAGGAUACACAACAACAAAAGGAACAUGGCGUACAAUUGCAAAUAAUCUGAUGUCAAUUCUUAAUUUUCGUUAUGGAGCAUUAGUUCGUAGUGAGGUUGUAAUAAAUUAA